CUGAGGGGGGCUCCCCCCGCGGGCACCGUGGGGCGGGCAGAGCCGAGACCGCAGCCGCAGCGGCUGUACCGGGCUCCAGGAAGCUGCAGGAGCGCUCCUUGCCCCCUCGUCCGGGGUGACUCUCCCCAAACCUGCCCCCUUGCAGACAAGCCAGGCGGUUUCUCCCUAAGCACUGCCCAGAGAAAGCCUGAAACCAGUGGAGCACAACGUCAUUUGGAAGAAAAUAACUUUCUAGAAAGGUAUUUUCUUCCAAAUGAAGUAGAUGUUCACCAGGUGAUUGUAUUGCCAAAAGCAGAAUGGAAAAGGAUUCAGGAUAAUCUUGGCAGCAAAACUAGGGAAGCAGCACGCAUCCUGGCUGAGAAGAAAGAACGGGAGGAAAUGCACUUACGCUCCAAAGCUGCUGUAAAAGACUGGCCCAAUACCAUUAUGGGCCUGGCACAACGGAAACUUAAAGCCAGAAAAUUAAGUGAAGAAAGGGAAGAGGAAGAAAGAAAGUUAUGUGAUUUGGAAGAAGAACAGUUCCAAGCAGCGAAACGGAAGGAAGCUAUUGAUAAUGCAAAAACCUACCUAUAUUAUCAAAACGAUAGAGUGAAAGGGUUUCAUAGUGCACUUCUACUUGUUGAGGUCCUGAAAGAAAGAGAUGCUCAAGUUGAAUUUAAAAAGUUAAAGCCAGAUGUUAACAAAAAGAAGGAUGAAGAAAAGGAACGUGAACAUAAAGAAGCUAUUCUCAGAGAGGAAGCAAAGGCACGUGAGCGUUAUAUCAAUCAACAGGCACUACGCAGAGAUCAGCUAGAACAAAUAAAGGAACACAAGCAUCAGGCAGAUCUGGCCAAGCUAGAAAACAAAAGAGAAGGGGAAGAAAUACAGAGAUUGACGAGACUGUACCAACUGGAAAUUCAGAGUAAAAUGGAGAAGGAACAGGAGGAAAAAGUUGAACGCCAAAGGCUGUAUCAUGAGCACAUAGCUGACCAGAAAAUAAUCAAAGCAAUAGAGGAACAAAAACGAAUGGAAGAAGAUGAUCGGAUUAAGGCUCAUUUUAAAGUAAAAGAAACUAUUGCCAAGCUGAUAAAAAAGCAAGAAGCUGAAAUGCGUAGACUAAAGCAGGAACAUCAGGACAAAAUUGUUAGCCAAUUAGUUGUACAAAUGAAUGAGUCAUUAAAGAGAGAAGAUGAUCGUCUUGCUAGAGAUAUUGCAAAAAAAGAAGCUGAACAAGAAAAAAAACGCAAAGAGAAAGAAGCAAAACAAAAGGCUGCCAUUGAAUCCAUUGCUGAACACAGAGCCACUGUGAUGAAGAUGAAAGUGGACAAGGAGAGAGAGGAAAAAGCAGAGGGUAAAAAAGAACUUAAUGAGUUAAUGGAAAAAAUCCACAUCUACAUGGAAAAGGAAAAAGCCAAGAAACAAAGACAACGUGAUGCAAACAUGGAAGUACAGAAAAUUCAAAUCCAGCAAAUGGCUGAAAAGCGGGCAAGAAACCAGCAGGAAAAGCAAGCGGACUUGGACUAUGAUGCUCAGACCAAGUUUAUUGCACUUUGUAAGGAGCAAGAAUUUCAGAGCUAUGCAAAGCGAGUAAUUGAAUCAGAAUCUAAGACUACACAUCAUCUUUAUCCACUUCUCAAAGCAUCCAAAGGUGGAAGAGGACUUGGACACUGCAGGCCAUUUUCCACAGGAAAAGAAGGAAUAAAUAGUUUUCAAGCACAGGAUGGUGCUGGGACCCAGCUACCUUGUAGCAGCUGUACUACUGCUCAAGAUAAAACAUGAAAUAACAUUGAGAUUAUCCAUCAAGGAAAGGCAGAAGCAGUUUUCAUGUGGUUAAAAAACAUCUUUUUGAACCUUAUGGGCAGAGUUAAACUGUAAUGAUCUACAUCAAAUAUAUACUAUGAAUCUGGAAGUCCAUUUGAAAAAGAUUGCCAGAAAACUGGUUAUAUUCUCAAAAAUCUCCAGCUUGUAUUUCAUAAAAGCUAGCUUAUCAAACUUGAGACAGAAAUGCAUUAUAUGUAAUUGACCACCAAUGUAACCCAUUCCAGCCAAAAGCUCACUAUUAAUGUUACAUUUUUAUUAUUCACCAUUCUAAAAAUUCACUGUCCCAGGUUUAUCAGGCCUGGGAUACAACUUCUCAGCACAAAAGUAUUCCCUGUAAUAGAAAAAAACAACUUUACAGAAUCUUCAUGGGAAUUAAAAACAACCUAAUACAUGUGCAAGUUAGAACAGUUAUGGUACUGCAGUUUUUACAGCAUUUUCAAAGUACCUCUGUAAAACAAAUAUCAUGCUAUAAAUUAGUUUUAUGAAAAUAUGAACAUGGUUUGAUCACAGCCCUUGAAAGGUGACCUAGGAGGGAAAUAGAUCCUAAUGUGACUGUAAAUAGCUACUACAAAAAGAACAUGGCAACAAGAGACAACAUAGUUGGACUGUUCUUUCAAAAAGACUAACAAUGAUUAAAUCUGUGGGAAACAGA